CAUUUAAUUAUUGGUAGAUUUCACAAACAUGUAAUACACAUCAUACUACUGUAUACUCUAUAUACGAGAAACGCUGAGCAUUUAUUGGUUUGGCUUAUACUAUCCGCAAUAUUAUUGGCCAAGCUGGGCGAAAUAUCCCCCAGGCCCGCUGCCGGAAGGGGGUGAUUUGAGCAAAGGGGAGGAGGAAAGCACCCAACCGGUUUUUUCUCUUUUUCUUCUUGACAUUUUCUUUUAAAAAAAAGAACACAUCAAGUUAUGGCUUUGAAGCGUAUCAACAAGGAAUUGAAAGAUCUCGAACGUGAUCCUCCCUCAUCCUGCUCUGCAGGUCCCAUUGGUGAUGAUCUUUUCCACUGGCAAGCUACUAUCAUGGGUCCAGAGGACAGCCCAUACCAAGGUGGCGUCUUCUUCUUGUCCAUUCACUUCCCAACGGACUAUCCUUUCAAACCCCCAAAGAUCAACUUCACCACCAAAAUUUAUCAUCCUAAUAUUAACGGCAACGGAAGCAUUUGCUUGGAUAUUCUCAAAGAUCAGUGGUCACCUGCAUUGACUAUUUCCAAGGUUCUGCUCUCCGUGUGCUCAUUGCUCACCGACCCUAACCCUGAUGAUCCGCUCGUUCCCGAGCUGGCUCACAUCUACAAGACUGAUCGUCCACGCUACGAAUCUAUGGCGAGAGAUUGGACCAGAAAAUAUGCCAUGUAAGAUGGUAGUUUAGCAUGUGUACCCUAUGGAGGAUCGAAGGAAAUUUACAUUAAAGAAAAAAAAAAAAACUUUGCAACUUUAAAUUUUUCUCUUGCUUUCAAAUGUUUGUUCCUGAGCGUAUUUCAUAAUAAUCAAUUUGUGAAUUGUAAUCAAGGAUACCACAUAUAUACACACAUUAUCACACAC